AUGUCAGCGCAUCACAAAAGAUGGACAUUUAAUAGUUGGCGAUUACAUGGUCGUCGAUAUACAUCCCAAGCACCGUUAUUAAAUCCUACUAUUGAGCCUUUUUCUUUUACAAUAUCUCCUGAUGUCAAUCAUCAAGAUCAGCUUCUUGAUGUUGACAAUGAUGACGAUGACGACACAUAUAAAAGACUUUUACAUCAAUUACAAUUGUUUCAAAAGUUAGAGCUUAAGCAAAAAGAAGACAAUGGUAAUAAUGAAUUUUGA